CUUUAGAAAUAUAGUGAAGGAGAAGUCUUGUCAGACUCGUCUUUUCUCGGCUUUUGAAGAGCGACCCAAGGAUACCGGUCGCAGUCGAACUGUUGAGGGAGACACUGAGUGACCAUGGGGGUGAAAGCACAGCGCCCUCGCUGCUUCUUUGACAUCGGCAUCAGCAACGUUUUCGUUGGGAGAGUUGUUGUCGAGCUGUUCUCCGACGUGUGUCCGAAAACAUGUGAAAACUUCCGCUGCCUCUGCACAGGGGAGAAAGGAGUUGGGAAGGGAACCCAAAAGCCACUGCAUUACAAAGGAUGCUUGUUCCACAGAAUCGUAAAGGACUUUAUGAUUCAAGGGGGAGACUUCAGUGAAGGCAACGGCAGAGGUGGUGAAUCUAUUUAUGGGGGAUUCUUUGAAGAUGAAAGCUUUUCUGUCAAACACAAUAAGGAAUACCUCUUGUCUAUGGCAAACAGAGGCAAGGAUACCAAUGGAUCACAGUUUUUCAUAACAACAAAACCUACACCUCACCUGGAUGGUGUUCACGUGGUCUUUGGUCAAGUAAUCUCCGGCCAGGAGGUGAUUAAGACCAUUGAAAGUCAGAAGACAGAUGCCAGCAGUCGGCCCUACGCUGAAGUGAAAGUGCUCAACUGUGGGGAGCUUAUUCCAAAAUCUAAAGCUAAAAAACAGGAGAAGAAAAGGCGCAAGUCGUCGUCCUCCAGCUCCAGCGAGGACUCCAGUGACUCGGACUCGUCGGCUGACUCCUCCUCCGACUCGGAAGGCGAGUCCGAGAAGGAGUCCAAGAAGCGCAAGAAGAAGCACAAGAAAGAGUCCAAGAAGAAGAAGAAGGAGAGAAAGCAGAAGAAGAAGGACAAAAAGGGCUCGGAGGAGGACAGCGAAGAGGAGAAGGGCGAGGCGGAGCCUGUUUCCACGGUGCGACCCGAGGAGAUCCCGCCCAUCCCGGAGAACAGGUUCCUCAUGAGGCGGAGCCCCCAGCUGCAGCAGAAGGAGGAGGUGAUGGGGAAGGAGAAGGAGAAGAAGAAGGAGAAACCCAGGGAGAGCAGCACCAUGUUCAACUCCCAGCAGUCGUCGUACCAGAGAAGACUUCUGGUGACGAGGUCUGGCAGGAAGAUUAAAGGAAGAGGGCCAAGGCGCUACCGGACUCCGUCGCGCUCCAGGUCCAGAUCGAGGGACCGGUUCCGGCGCAGCGAGACGCCUCCGCACUGGCGCCAGGAGAUGCAGCGGGCCCAGCGGAUGAGGGCUCCCAGCGGAGAGCGCUGGAUCAAGGGAGACAAGAGUGACCAAAUGGAAGGCAAAAAUGAAACCGCAAAGCCCCCAGUGAGAGGGAGGGAGAGGAAGACCUCUGAGAACAAGCAGGAGGCUCCCGACAGCCCCGGCCGAAACCGCGAGAAAGAGAAGAAGGGCCGCUCCCACCGCUCUAAGAGCAAAGAGAAGGACGGCCAGAAGACGGCCGACAAGGAGGAGAAGCACGACAAACACAAGGCCAAGAAGAAGGCCAAGUCCCGCAGCCGGAGCCGGAGCAAAGAGAAGAGCGGCAAGUCAAGGAGCAGGGAGCGGGACGGCAAGCACGGCAAGGCCGAGGAGAGGAGGGCCCGCUCCCGGAGCAAGGACAGAAACCACACCAAAGGGAAGGAGAAGGCAGCCGAGUCCGCAGCAAAGGAGAGGGAGAAUAGCAAAAGCAAGGAGAGGACCAAGCAGGCCGAGGCAGAGGGCAAGGAAAAGGACAAGGAGAAGGAGAAGGACAAGGACAAGGACAAGGACAAGGACAAGGACAAGGACAAGGACAAAGAGAAAGAGAAGGAGAAAGACAAAGACAAAGAGAAAGAGAAGGAGAAGGACAGGGAGGAGAGGAAGGGCAGGAAUGGUGAGAAGCCCAGGGCAAAGUCCAGGAGCAAGGAGCGGCACCGGAGGUCCCGCAGCAGGAGUAGGGAGAGGGGCAGGCGUGCCUCGUCCCGGGACAGAGACAGAGACAGAGACAGAGACCGGGAGAGGGAGAGGGACCGGGAGCGGGAACGGCAGAGGGACCGGGACGACCGGCGGAGGGGCAAGGGCAGGUCCCGCAGCCGGGACAGGAGGCGGAGCCCGGACAAGAGCAAGAGCAGGGACUCCAGGAGGGGCAGACGGUCCCGGAGCAGGAGCGGCGAGCGCGAGCGUGACCACAGCAAGGACGGCUCCUCCCACGCCAAGCGCGGCCGGGCCAGCGAGGAGCCCCGCAGGAAGAAGAGGUCCAAGAGCCGCGGCGGCAGCAGCAGCAGUAGCAGCAGCAGCAGCAGCAGCAGCUCAGACAGCGAGGGCGAGCGCGGCCGCCAAAACAAGAGCCGCCGCAGCGCCAGCCCCGGGUCCAGGAAGAAGACGGACAGCAGCAGGGAAGGAGAGCAGUCUCAAAAGGCCAAGGAGAAGGAGAAGGAAAAGGGGUCGUCUGCCAGCCAGGAGAGGAACCAAAAGUCAAAGAGCCCAGAGAGACAGAAGAACCACAGCAAGGACAAGAAGUACAACUCCAGCCCGAGCACAGACGACAGCGAUUGACCCUGUUCAUAACCGGCCUCUCUCGACCCGCGAAAAGACCUGCCCCUCCUGGACCAUCUGCAGCAGCGCAGCGAGACUUCCUACGGCUGCGGACGUAUUUGAGACAUAUCUUUUUAAAAGUGACUUCAGUUGGCUCUUCAAGAGAAUUGGCAGCCAGGGAUAUUUAUACUACUGAAGUUUUGUUAAAAACUUAAGAAGAGCAGUGUGGAAUCUGGAAUCUGGUUUUGUUUGUCUGGUUUGCGUCUUUUUGUUUUUUUUUUUUCCUUUUUUUGCAUUUUGUUUCACAGAGAUACGAAUCAGAGGAAACAUGAAGAGCGUUGUAUGCUAAGCUCCUGUUUUACUUUAAAGAACCCCCUUUAAAGUGACUCAAUGACUGACUUGUCUCCUAGCCGAUGCAUUUGUAGUAGGAAAAUGAUCUUCAUUCAGUGUGUACAAUGUUUCAAAAGACUAUCCCAAGGAAAUUCUUAUGCCCCCCCCCCAAACCAGUCACGUCAUACUCAGGAUUCUUCAAUAUAAGAUUCUACUUUUUCCAUGUCUGGAGGAGAGCUUUUAAUUUAGAAUGUCUUUGUAAAGGAUGUUUUAAUUGAAUGGUUGAAUCAGUGUCAACAUUGUGUAACAGGUUAAAAAAGAAACAACCAUUGUAUGUCUUUUUUUUUUUUUUUUUGGAUGUUUUCAUGCUGCACAAGAAGUUGACACGUCAAUAUGACUGUUAAAAGCCUGUGGAGGGUGGUGGUUGGGCCAUUUAAGCCUUUGAAGCGUAAACAGAAAUUUUUGAAGGAAAUACUUAACGAGGCUUGUUUGGCUGUAGAAACCACAAGCCACUGGCAGUUCCUUCCUUCUCUGAUGGGUCUGAAGGAGGCCACCUUUGAAUCAAAUGGAUGUCAGUCUCCCUGUGUAAGCUGUUUUGAUUGAGAAUGGAAAGUGGUACUCAUUGUUCGAGAUCUUUUCUUUUUUCCCCGCUAAAGUUCAUAGUUUGAAGGGCUGUGGCGUGUGUUUUUAUCGGUUCAUUGGAAAGAGGUGGACAUGUUUGAGGAGAGUACAGACUAAUGUUUGGAAAUUGAGACCCUUUGUUUUCGUUUACGGUCAUUUGGACCAUGGGAGGUGGUGGUCUACAGGUGAAAGAAUUGCCCCUGAUUGUAACGGAUUGUACCUGUCUUUGGGUGUUGAUGAUGUAGACCCAACACAGUGAGAAGUGCUGCCACAUCUCUCCAAAAUUAAGAGCAUCAUUUCAUUUGGGAAAAUGCCAUUUUAUAUUUUUUACUUGUUUCAUUUGGUUGCCAUCCUGAAACGGUUGUUUGUGAACUAGAAGUUUUUUUGUUAUUAUUGGUGAACCCUUAUCAUUUGCAGAUAAAGCAUUUGCUUUUCAUACAUGUUCUAUGCUAAAAUAUCAAAACAUGUAGAGAGAGUGUGUGUAUAUGUAUCACCUGACAAACUCAUGUUGUGAUUUUGGUUCGAUUCACUCCACUGGGCCUAAAACCCUAAGGGGUGUUUUUUUUUGUCCCCUCUUGUAAAUGAAGACCCCUAGCUUUAUUAAAAAAACAAGAUAUAAGAAAACAAUAUUCAUAAGUGCGACCUGUUUUAAAAUAAAAAUCUAAAGUCACCAGUA